AUGGCCAAGAAGAAAACGAGAGUCGGUCUCUUGAAAAGACCAAAGACCAUCACCGGUAAGACCCAAGGUAUACCCAAAAGCAUAAAACCUCAACAUACGCGACAAAUAAUACGACGAUUCCACAUAUUGCAAAAGAAUAGGUAUGCUAUCAUCAAGAGACUAGACAAGAAAAACAACAUCACCAUCGACAAUUACAAGGAGUUGUUCAAGAAUAACAAAAUCUACCAAUCGGCAUUUAAUGCUUUUGUUGUUCCUGAAAAAUACACCGAUAGUCAAGUCUACAAGAUUGACGACUCGUUGUCUCACAACCAAACUGUAGAAAUUCUUGCCAAGAUAGACGCGGAGAUUGAACAACGAGGCGGGAUAGAAGCGUACCAAAGAGCUUCCACUGAGGGACAAACUACUAAAAGAGGUGGAGAUUCGUCCAAAAGACUCGUAGAGUGGUUGCGCGAGGAGAAGUACCAAAGACGAAUAGGCGACGUCACCGCCCUUGAGAUUGGAUGUUUGAGUCCGUACAAUGUUAUAUCCACCUGUGGGAUAUUCAAAGAUAUAACUAGAAUAGACUUGAAUUCCCAAGAUCCUUUGAUUCUUGAACAGAAUUUCAUGGAAAGGCCAUUGCCUAAGAAUACCGACGAGAAAUUCAAUCUUAUAUCUUGUUCGUUGGUUAUUAACUUUGUGCCCUCGCCACAGGAACGAGGAGAAAUGUUGGUCAGAAUGACGAAAUUCUUAAAGAAACCAACGGAAACGUCUAUCAGCGUGUUGUUUCUAGUGCUUCCACUUCCCUGUAUAACCAACUCAAGGUACUUUGACAACAAAAGAUUACUUGAAAUCAUGACCCAUUUAGGGUUUACCCAAACACACUACUACGAGGCAAAGAAAGUUGCAUACUGGCUUUUUGAAUGGAAUGGUAAACCAUUGCUAAACGCAAAGUUUCCAAAGAAGAACCUCUACACUGGUUCGUCAAGAAAUAACUUUUGUAUUAUUAUAGAAUAA